AUGAGUAGGCCAACUGCUAGAAGAGGCCACCAACCGCCCAAAACUUACGAAGUUGCACUUGCUAAAAUGAGAGCCUCUGCAAAAAGAGUCUCUCCUAUGGCACAAGCAAGUAGAAAUUGGCAGAAAAUGGCAAUACAAGGACUGGCUUUGGCUGUGUUCAUUCUUGCAGCAAAGGCAACAACUUUGGUUUCAGCUGCUUCACUUGUCACUUAUAUUUUUGGUGACUCAUUGACAGAAGUUGGAAACAACAAGUACUUUCCCUAUUCUCUUGCAAGGUCUGAUUAUCCAUGGUAUGGAGUCGAUUAUGCCGGUGGAAAGGCAACCGGAAGGUUCACGAAUGGGAGGACUAUUGGUGACAUAAUUUCUGCAAAACUUGGGAUUCCUUCACCACCACCUUACCUUUCUUUGUCAAAGAAUGACGAUGCAUUACUUAAGGGGGUCAAUUAUGCAUCUGGUGGAGCAGGAAUUCUUAACGAUACAGGAUUAUAUUUUGUUCAAAGAUUAUCCUUUGAUGAUCAGAUAGAAUGCUUUAGAAAGACCAAGGAAUCAAUAAAGGCUAAGAUAGGAGAAGAUGAAGCUAACAAGCUUUGCAAUGAGGCUUUGUUCUUCGUUGGGAUUGGCAGCAAUGAUUAUGUGAACAAUUAUUUACAGCCAUUUUUAGCAGAUGGUCAACAGUACACAUACGAAGAGUUUGUAGAUCUCCUGAUAUCCACCUUAGUUAAACAGUUUUCGAGGUUAUACCAACUGGGUGCCAGAAAGGUGGUCUUUCAUGGGCUUGGCCCUCUUGGCUGCAUUCCUUCUCAGAGGGUUAAAUCAAAGACAGGCCAGUGCUUAAAGAGAGUAAAUGAAUGGAUACUAGAAUUCAACUCCAGAGUUAAGACAUUGAUGGCCACUCUAAACCAACGACUCCCAAAUGCUAAACUCACCUUUGCAGAUACAUAUGGAGAUGUCCUAGACUUGAUUGAUAAUCCAGAGGCUUAUGGCUUCAAAGUCUCCAACACUUCAUGUUGCAACGUGGAUACCUCCGUAGGAGGUUUAUGCUUGCCUAACUCAAAACUAUGCAGUAACCGCAAAGACUAUGUAUUCUGGGACGCAUUCCACCCUACCGAUAAAGCAAAUGAAGUACUGGCCGAAAAGUUCUUCUCCACCCUCUUCUCAGGUCCUCCAUCGGAGGCACCGACGCCUUCUUAUUGA